CAGAGGGAUACAGGAUUAGGUCACCUGAAUAUAGGAGUGAGGUCGACGUAGGGGUUUUCCCUCACAUGUUUGACUAUCCAGUCGCUGACACUAAAGUUCAGACUACGCAGUUCAGUCAAGAAGGUCGGCUUGGCAACUAAGGGUGGACGAGAAUGAUCUUUUCUCUGUAUGUACGUCUGUUCUCACCAGUGUUACUAGUGGCAACACUGACAGAUGUGAGGCCAGCAGUUGAGCUGACAGCCUCCGAGGCAGUGGGCAGAGUCACAAGUUGCAGAGGUUUAGAUUGAGGGAGGCCAUUCUGCUGAUUCAGCAGUCCAGUCAGUCUGAUCCCUGCAAAGAGCCCUCGGCCUGGUUCUGAUUGGUCAUUUGAGGAACCCUCGCCAGUGGCUCGGGUACGCCGAGCCUUCUUAAGCACUCUUCCCUCAAGUUCUGACUGAGAAGCUCUUUCGAAUUGCCCAGCGUCUUCGGGCUCGUCUUCUCGGUCUAACGAUUCCUGCGUUAUCUGCCUGCCCGCCGCACGUUUCGACAUCUUUCGGAAAUUUUAAUUGCUGCGCACCAAGCGCGACCUUACUAUACACUUGCUUGGAGCUUGGUUGCGAUGGAAAGUAGUGGUCGGUUUCUCUUGUCAGAGAGAGACACGCAGCCGCUGGUUGCUCCUCUGGGGCUGUCAGGAAGGAUAAAGUACACGUGUGUAGACCUUUCUACAAACUUCAUAGCCUUGGGAGCUAACACAGGCGGCGUCUACUGUUUCCACAGUGACUGCAGAUACAUACAGCUACUGGCCAACAAGGAGGGAGGAGUGUCAGUUGUCAGGAUAUCUCCUGAUGAGCAGUACCUGGCAGUGGUUGCCGGGGGAGGCUGGCUGGUUCUGUGGGAGCUGAGGCUUUCUGGGGAUGGAGUCUGCAAGAGGUUGCAAGUCUCAGGUCUGCUGAAGGAGGCAGUAAUAAGAGAUGUGGUAUGGGAUGGGAGGAAAGGAAGACUGUUCCUUGGAGACAGUUUGGGUCGUGUGGCUGUAACUAGCCUGCCAAAGUCUGUGAAGAGGUCGAGUCUCCUCCGCAGAACAAAUGAGGUCAUCUUUCAAGACAAGUCUCCUGUAGUUCAGCUAGAUCUGCAUGGUGAUGUUCUCCUGGUGUCCACUGUUUCCAGGGCAGUUCUUCUACUGCUGUCUUCGGCCACUAAAACUGCUCUCCAGGUUGGGAGGAAACCUCGCGAUGGUCAGUUUGGAGCCUGUCUGGAUGUGAGAGAGAAACAGGUGCUCGUCUACUCCGCCAGACCUGGAGGAAGGCUGUGGGAGGCAGGACUGGAGGGGGAUGUGCAAUCUACAAUAAAGCUGAGGGAACUUUUUACAUCUUCUCCGACUCCGGUCCUUGGCUGUGGGUUUGAGCCGCAGUUUACGCCCGAAUUAAAGUCCCUCUCCAACCCCUCUUCUCUCUCCCUCUCCUGCCUCCUCUCUCUUCACAACAGCCACACUCUAGUCAGCUGGGAUGAUGCUGGACUGUACCUAUGGCAACCAUCGUCAUGGAAACUGACUGUGUGGACGAGGGACCUGGAAGGAAUAGUAGGUGUGGCCUGCCGACUGGGGAAAGGGGAAGAAGUGAAUCUCUGUAUAAUCGUUGACGGGGGGAAGAAGGUUGUCAUGGUAACCAUGGCAACUCUACCCCAAUGCAUUCAGUUCAUGGUGCAGGAGGAGCUAAAUCUGAUGGAGCAGGUUACCAAGUUGGUAUGUGCCAAUAUGGCGGCGAUUGUUUCCCUCCUUCCUCUGCACCCUUCCCUCCACCCGUCUCUCCUCACAAUCACCCACCACAGUGGCAGGACAUCCUCCAAUCCUCUCUCCCUGCAACUAUUGACUCUAAAAUCUCUUCUUUUACAACAACGCACGAAAGAAGAUGUCGCUGAAGUUGAGAACAGGGAAGAUGGAACGGAGGAGGAAGUAAAGGAAGAGGGAAAGGUUGAAGAUAAGAUUGUGGAGGAAGUGGGAGAAGAGAAGGAUGUGAAAGAAGAAGACAUUGAGCAAAGUGUGGAGCAGAUUACAGGCGAGGAAAACGCGAGGUUUGAUGUGCCCGAUGCAGUUGGUAAAGGUCCGAAGGUGUCACAUGGUCUGUCACAUGACGACAGCGAAGUGGGUGGGUGGCGACCUAGAGUUCACCGGAGGUCCAGUUCUUGGAGCGGUGUACAACAGGAGUUGGAUGCACUCCAACUGACUGGUGGGGAAGAUGAGGAGGAGGUGUGGUCUCUCUCUGGAAGCCACACCCCCUCCUACCCAUCCCUCUCCGAGGAAACCUCUCAGGAUCCUGUUUCCAUGGAAACACUGUCCCUGGAGUCGUCGUCAGAGCAACCACCAACUGGAGUGUCUCCACCCCAGCCACUGAGCAUGCCGUCCAGUCUUGACGACCACUCUCUGGUCCCUGGUGAGAAAGGGGCGGAGCCUAGCAAAAAGCCACGCUGCCUGAGGAGCCAGUCCUUACAGCUUACAGACCCUCCACGAAUUGCCAUGGCAACCCUGCUAGACCACGAUAGUGAUGAUGUCAUUGCAGUUCCGGUGCGAUUCUCUAUGGCUGGAAGUGAGAAUGGAGUUAAGGUUCGAUCCAAGAAGAAAACUAGACGCAGCAAGAAAUCUUCCUCUUCCUCCUCUUCCCUUCCUCAUGCUCCUACAUCUCUCCCCCUAUCUUUGUCUCCUUCCACUGCUGAUGUCAGAGAGCAGAGUCUAGGCCACAUUCCUGAGGAAGUCGUUCUGCCAUUCCCUGACGCUGGGCUCCCACACAGCCGGUACCAAUUGGACUCCGCCCACUUGCAGAAGGGUUCCAGUUUCAUAACCAAGAUGAGAGAACUGGCAAAACAGGGAGGACAGAACGAGGCACUGCAGGAGGCUCUGCAACAGCCGGUGAAGAAGGUGAAGGAGCUGCUCUCCUCCCUGGCAGCCCCUGUGCCCACUGCUCUCAGUCUUCAUGAGCCACAGACCGUCUUCCUCAACGAUGAGUUCCUUGUUCGUCAGGAGCUGCCUCAGCCCCUGAUGACUGGAGUCAACCAAUCAGAUCGUGCCAGGGAGUCACAUCACAGCGCUAAGGCUGUGACGCAGCAACACAACUUGGUAGACAGUGAAUUUACGGCAGCUACUCUGGAAACAAAGUAUGUUAGCGAAAGAUUGUGUGUGAGAAUGGUCGUUUCUUUGUUGCAGAGAAGCUCUGGCAUUGCCUGACGUGUACUGUUCCUCUGAUGCCCUGAAGGCCACAAUGAACAAAUGGUUGAUUGCUAUGGAGACUGCUGUUGGUUCUGAUGAGAAUGCUUUUCUGCGGGGAGUUGGUCGGGCCAUGGUAGUUGAUCUUCUAACACUGUCCCUUGAGGUGGAAGCUUAUGGCUCUGAGGAUGGCUUCAUUCCAUUCCUCAGUCGCUAUUCCAGACUGUUGCAUGGAAUGAGGACAUUGCGUGUGUUGGGUGCUCUGGAAUGGGGUGUGAGGAGGGAGGGGUGGAGGGUGCUGGUGAGGAAUGGGAGAGAGACAAGGGAGGGGGGUGCCGACUCGAAGAAGAUAACAGAUGUGAUAAGUGACAGUGCAUUAGCUGCUGACCUGCCUACCUACCUCUCAAGUCUGGUGAGCCCUGAUCCUGAGAGUCUUGUUGCCGUGUGUGUGGAGAAUUGGCCAAAUGUGCAGCCUUGGCACCUGGCUCUUGCGUGCUCCAUUGACCAAUCAGAUGGAAGCGAGGAGUCACAUGACACAGGGGAUCCCUUCCUCGGUGUGUAUGCUGGUUACCUCAGUAGACUGCUGGAGUUAGGGAGAUGUCUGCAAGGUGAUGAGGAGUGUGUACUGGCGUCUCUCGAGAGGAUUCUAGUCGCUGGUCCACCUCUCGAUCAGCUAGCCACACCGACACACAGACCAAGGUCUGCACUUCGGAGAUUAAACUUGAUGUACUCAAAGUUAUGGCAUUUUCCUCUCUCCCACGCUCAACUGCCUCCCAUACACAGGGCUUGGAGCCACAACGUCUCAUGGGUGCAUUCAAUUCUCUUGGACCAGCUGGUUCAUCUCUGUGUUGCCAUGACAAUGCCAUACCUCAAUAAAGCGGCCAGCCUCUGUGAGAAAUAUGGGUAUGUUUUUGGACUUGAAAUGGUGGAAUUGGGAGUAAUGUGAAUUGAGUGCUUGAAAAUAGAAUAUGUCUGUUUUGUGCAGAUACUGGCUGGGAGUGGUAGAACUAGCAGUUGCUAUGGGCAACAAGGAGAAAUCCCUGCUGAUUAUCCUGUACCUGAGAGACGCUAGCUUGCUGGACGGCUGUCAGAAAUGGGGUAUUCUGUUGGAAACAGUAUCCGAUUGGCAAGAGGCUCUGCAAGUUAUGAGUGACAUCACUAGUCACAUGAUUCCAGAUGAAAGUCAUGUGACUAAGGAGUUGACAAUGAGUGUGUUGGUACGUCAGCUGGUGGCCAGUGUUGGCCCCAGUCUGGCAGUGAAAAUCAUAGGUUCAGUGGGCGUAGUUGGGAGCGGGGUAUCAGAAGAGGAGGGGGUGGAGCUUCACUCUCUUCUGGUCCAACUUGCAGAUGUUCAUUCCCAGCAGAAGUCAAUGUCGCGGAGUCUUCUGGAGAAGGUGGAUCGCUACCUGUGGUCACGGAGACCAGCCGCAGUGUGUGCUGAGCUGGAGCUGAUGGAGGAGAGAGAGAGGGAGGGGAGAAAGAGGGGAGAGGUGAAGGAGGAAGUCCAGGGAGCCGUGGAGUGGAGCCCAAGGCUGGAGGAGAGCGGCAGACACUGGGGAGUGAGGGUGGGAGGCGGGGGAAGAUGUGGUGUCUGCCACCACUCUCUCUCUGUGAAGAUGUCAGCCCAGCAUCCAGGACUGCUUGUAUUCCACUGUGGUCAUGCUUACCAUCGUCACUGUCUUCCUGAGCUCGCCUGCUACCGCUGCUUCCAACAGAACCUUUCUGAACACUUUUCACACCAUUCAUCAUGAACACUAGUUUUGUCACUGUGAACUUGUUGAUGUGAAUUUAAAAAAUAUAUAUUUCUCUCCGAGUUGUUGAAAGUGCUACCACAAGGAUUGAGAGUUGUACAGCAACAAGUCAUGCAGUCCAGUCCAACGCCUGCUGUCGCUGUGAAGAUAGGUCAUGGAGGACUGCAGGGAUGGCUGAAGGAGAGGUAAAUGGUUCUCAUAGAGCCACAUCACCAGCCCCCACAUUAGGGCAGCAAAGAGAGGGAAAGGGGAGAGGGAAGCAGAGAGGGAGGACGGGGAAGGGAGCCAUCCCUGUUGGCGUGCCAGUCGAACCAGAGCCAUGGUAACCCGAGAGAGGAGGUAUAGGUUGAUAAUGCUUGAGACAAUGGGUGACCGGAGAUUAUGGCAAUACAAUGUCAUUCACAAUUCCAUUUGCCCAAGCGUUCAACAUCAGUUGAGUGGGUGAAGGCGUCGUUCAUUCAGCUAAAGCUAUCGUCUCUCUCACCUCCCCUCGUGGAAGAGGAAAGUCAUGACCAAGGAAUGCGGCAGCCUGAUCUUGACUCCGUAC